AUGUCUCUUCUUCGACAUUUUCUCUUCACUUGCUGUGUUCUUUUAGCAUCGUAUAAAUUUGCUGAUGGUUUGACCUGUUACCAAUGUACGAGUUGCAACAGCCCGUUUAAACCCGAUGGUAUUACGCAAGUGUCGUCAAAUGAUGCGAAGGCUUCUUGUUGGAAAACUACUACACGAAAUGUUGGUACGGCACGAGGUAUCAGUACCGACUGCAAAGCAGGUGAUGUAGCCGGUGUUGGUAAAUGGUGUUGCAAUACCAACCUGUGUAACGGAGCAAUUUCCACAACUUCAUCGAUCUUUGUUAUAUCAGCAAUUGCUACUGUUGUUUUCGUCAUGUUUAUCUAA